CUUCCAUUGCUUUCUCGUUACCAGUAGCUCCGGCGUUAGCACCUUAGAUUGCAUUGCAUCUGAUUAAUAUAGAUAGGUUAAGGGGGGGAGGGAGAGAGAGAAGGGGGGUGGGCAAAAUGUGCGUUGCUGCGACGUCUGGAGCAAGCAAAUGAGAGAGAUGUGGACCUUUGCCUGGGAUGCCGUGUGGAUUGUACUCUGGGACGCUGUUGCAUUGAGGUGCAGAUGAUGCAUCGGCGACUGGGAGAAUAGAGAGGAGAGGAGAAAAAAAAAAUCUGCGGAUGCAGGAAGAAAAAAAUAUACCGACCGAGAUCUGAUUUUUUUUUUUUGAAAAGAAAAAUCUUUGCCUGAAAAAUAAUCUCCUCGAAGAAAAGAGAUUCUGCAAAUGUGCAAAAAAAAUAUCUGCAGGACAAUGCAGAACUGAAAAUAGACCUAACAUUUUUGCGUGUCUUGUGUGUGUGUGUGUGUGUGUGGGGGUAAGGGAGAGAGAGGAGAGGACAAAUCUCAAGUGACAGCAGCAGCAGCAGCGAGAGAGAGAGACACACACACAGUACUGGUACAUCUAGAUGAUGGGAUAUAUCGUGGAUUUGCCGUCCCUUGCUGCUCAAUGGUGAUUUUUGGCAUCUGUUUUUAGAAUGGCGAGAUUUGGAGACGAUGUGCCGGCCAGGUAUGGCCCUGGUCAAGGAAGCGCUGGCCGAGGAGGGAGCCGGCAGGGCGGACCCCCAGGACCUCCCCAGAGGAUGUACAAGCAAUCUAUGGCUCAAAGAGCGAGGACUAUGGCUCUAUACAACCCUAUCCCCGUCCGGCAAAACUGCCUCACAGUUAACCGAUCUCUCUUUCUCUUCAGUGAAGACAACUUUAUAAGAAAAUAUGCCAAAAAGAUCACAGAAUGGCCUCCAUUUGAAUACAUGAUUUUAGCAACAAUCAUCGCCAACUGCAUUGUCUUAGCACUGGAGCAACACCUACCCGAUGAUGACAAGACUCCCAUGUCCGAACGACUUGACGACACCGAGCCAUAUUUCAUUGGAAUCUUUUGCUUUGAGGCGGGAAUCAAAAUAAUCGCCCUCGGCUUUGCCUUCCACAAGGGCUCUUACUUACGGAACGGUUGGAACAUCAUGGACUUUAUCGUGGUUCUCACAGGUAUUGUUGCGACAACAGGAGCAGAAUUCGACCUUCGAACGCUGCGUGCGGUGAGGGUCCUCCGACCCUUGAAGCUGGUUUCUGGAAUUCCAAGUUUACAAGUUGUGCUCAAGUCCAUCAUGAAGGCAAUGAUACCCCUGCUACAGAUCGGCCUCCUGCUGUUCUUUGCCAUCUUGAUGUUUGCCAUCAUUGGGCUGGAGUUCUACAUGGGCAAAUUUCACAAAGCUUGCUUCGACACCAACCGUGAGAUCCUGGGCGAGUCUCCAUGUGGGACUGAUCUGCCAGCUCGGGUGUGUCCGUCUGGAGCCAACUGCAGCGAGUACUGGGAGGGUCCCAAUUAUGGAAUCACACAGUUCGACAACAUCUUGUUUGCUGUUCUCACCGUCUUCCAGUGCAUCACCAUGGAAGGCUGGACCGACCUCUUGUACGAUAGUGACGAUGCUUUGGGAAGCACCUGGAACUGGUUGUACUUCAUCCCUCUCAUCAUCAUCGGCUCCUUCUUCAUGCUCAACCUUGUUCUCGGGGUGUUGUCCGGGGAGUUUGCUAAAGAGAGAGAGAGGGUGGAGAAUAGGCGAGCAUUCCUUAAACUGAGAAGACAACAACAGAUUGAGAGGGAACUGAACGGAUACUUGGAGUGGAUUUGUAAAGCAGAGGAGGUAAUAUUGGCGGAGGAGGAGACAGACACUGAGGAAAAAUCACCCUUUGAUGCUAUGAGAAGAGGAACAAUAAAAAAGAAUAAAUCUGACCUGCUGAAUCCUGAAGAGGGUGAGGAUCACCUGGCGGACAUCUCCUCCGUGGGGUCUCCGUUCACAAGAGCAAGUAUUAAAAGUGCCAAAUUGGACGGUUCUUCAUUUUUCCGCAAGAAAGAACGACGCUUUCGAUUCGUCGUCCGACGAGUUGUGAAAACUCAGGGCUUUUAUUGGACUGUGCUCAGUUUGGUCGCUCUCAACACCUUGUGUGUUGCAAUUGUGCAUUACAAGCAGCCCGACUGGCUCUCUGACUUCCUAUACUAUGCAGAAUUCAUAUUCCUCGGACUCUUUAUGUUAGAAAUGUUUAUAAAAAUGUACGGGCUGGGCACGCGACCCUACUUUCAUUCUUCUUUCAACUGCUUUGAUUGUGCGGUUAUUAUAGGCAGUAUUUUUGAAGUGUUCUGGGCUGCAGUGAAGCCGGGCACCUCGUUUGGCAUCAGCGUUUUACGGGCCCUGAGGUUACUCCGUAUCUUCAAAGUCACAAAGUAUUGGGCGUCUCUACGUAACUUGGUGGUCUCCCUCCUGAGCUCCAUGAAGUCAAUCAUCAGCUUGUUGUUCCUCCUGUUCCUCUUCAUUGUGGUCUUUGCCCUUUUAGGAAUGCAACUCUUUGGUGGCCAGUUCAAUUUUGAGUCUGGCACGCCCUCCACCAACUUUGAUACUUUCCCUGCUGCUAUAAUGACGGUGUUUCAGAUCCUGACUGGUGAAGAUUGGAACGUGGUGAUGUACGACGGCAUAGAAUCCCAGGGCGGUGUCAACAGAGGCAUGAUCUCCUCCGUCUACUUCAUUGUCCUGACCCUAUUCGGCAACUACACCCUACUGAAUGUAUUCUUGGCCAUUGCCGUAGACAACCUAGCCAAUGCACAGGAGCUGACCAAGGACGAACAGGAAGAGGAGGAGGCAGCAAACCAGAAGCUAGCCCUGCAAAAGGCCAAGGAAGUUGCUGAAGUCAGCCCCUUGUCAGCUGCCAAUCUCUCCAUAGCUGCGAAGGAACAGCAGAGGAACCAGAAGCUGGGGAAGACAGUGUGGGAGCAGAGGAUGAACGAGAUGAGGAAGCAGAACCUGAUGACCAGCCGGGAAGCCAUUUAUAACGAGCUGGACCCUGACGAGAGGUGGAAGAUGACUUAUUCCAUGAACAUCCGGCGGGACAUGAAGACGCACAUGGACCGCCCCUUAGUGGUCGACCCUCAGGAGAACAGGAACAAUAACACGAACAAGACCAGGUCGGCCGAGCCCACGGUGGACCAGCGUAGUAGUCAACAGAGGGCCGAGGAGUUCCUGAGGAAGCAGGCUCGUUACCACGACCCCAACAAAGACAGGACCCUGGAGAGGGAGGUGGGGACAGUGGAGCAGGGCGAGAGGGCGAGGAGAUACCGCAGCAACAGCAAGGAAGGGGAGCCCAACCGGGACUGCGCCCCCAGGGACCUGGAGUACCGAGGGAGGGAGCAGGAGGGGAACCAAGAGAGGGGGGUGAGGGAGGGAGAGGGCGAGAGGAACCAGGCCAACGAGCCCCAGCACCGGCGGCACCAGCACCGGCCGGGCGGUGGCGGCGGCAAGGAAGGGAGGAGCGGAGGCGGUGGAGGAGGCAGCGGCGGCACGGCCAGGGGCGAGGGCGACCGGGAGCGUCGGCACAAGGGGCACCGGCGCGGCGGCGAGGCGCACGAAGGGGGCGGAGCCGAGGAGGGCGGCAAAGGGGAGAGGCGCUCGAAGCACAGGGAGGGCAACCGGGGCAGCAAAGCGGGCGGCGGCGGGGAAGGCGAGCACCCUGACGGGGCGGAGAAGAGACGGAGGAACCGCCACCCGCAGUCCACCAACGACAACGAUGCCAAGAAGGAGAGGGAGGACCGGAAUCCAGCAGCAAAGGAGAGGAGGCACAAACGCAAGAAAGAGGGCCAGGGGUCAGCUGCCCCUGUACCGGGCGGCCCGGCCUUGUCCACCACCCGGCCGGUACAGCAGGACAUCAGCAGGCAGAAUGGCCAGCAUGCCGAGGACAUGGACAACCUCCGCAACACCAAGCUGGCGACGCAACCUGCCAAUCCCCGGAACGCCGGCAAUCCCAGGGACACGGCCAACCCAGCCAACCCAUCCUCCAGUCCCCACAACCCCAGCAAAAUUGCGAAUCACGCCAAUCCCCCCAACCCUGGUGGCAACCCGGCCAACCCCCUCAACACCGCCAACCGCAAGGCUCCCACCACCAACCCCGGCAGCACCGGCAACCCCAAGAACCCAGAGAAUAACCUCAUCAUGACCAACCCGGGCAACCCCAACAACCUCGCCAAACCAGUCCAGAAACCCGAUCACACCACAGUGACCAUCCCCUUCGCAGACCCCACUCUGCAAGUCAACAAAAAUGCAAACACAGAUGCCGUGCCCAAAAAGAUAGAAGAGAAGAAAGAGGAGGAGGAUGAGGAGAAAGGUGACGGGGAGGAUGGUCCGAAACCAAUGCCGCCCUACAGCUCCAUGUUCAUCCUGAGCACCACCAACCCACUGCGCAGAGCCUGCCACUACAUCGUGACCCUCCGCUACUUCGAGAUGUGCAUCCUCAUGGUCAUCGCGAUGAGCAGCAUUACACUGGCCGCUGAAGAUCCCGUCCAACCCAACGCCACCAGGAACAACGUUUUGAGAUACUUUGACUAUGUAUUCACAGGAGUCUUUACCUUUGAGAUGGUUAUUAAGAUGAUUGACCUUGGAUUGGUGCUGCACCAAGGUGCCUACUUCAGAGAUCUCUGGAAUAUCCUGGACUUCAUCGUGGUCAGUGGGGCGCUGGUGGCGUUUGCUUUCACUGGGAGCAAGGGGAAGGAUCUGAAUACCAUCAAAUCUCUGAGAGUCCUUCGGGUGCUGCGGCCACUGAAAACCAUCAAAAGGUUGCCCAAGCUCAAGGCUGUCUUUGAUUGUGUGGUGAACUCUCUGAAGAAUGUCCUCAACAUCCUCAUUGUUUACAUGCUCUUCAUGUUCAUCUUUGCCGUGGUGGCAGUGCAGCUAUUUAAGGGCAGGUUUUUCUAUUGCACUGACGAAUCCAAAGAGUUUGAGCGUGACUGCAGAGGGCAGUACCUGGUGUAUAUGAGGGAGAGUGAUAUUAAGGCACAGAAAAGGGAGUGGAGACGAUAUGAGUUUCAUUACGACAAUGUGCUGUGGGCUCUCCUCACGCUGUUCACUGUAUCGACUGGAGAAGGCUGGCCAGAUGUGCUGAAACAUUCUGUGGAUGCUACCUACGAGAACCAAGGACCCAGCCCUGGUUACAGGAUGGAGAUGUCUAUCUUCUACGUUGUCUACUUUGUGGUCUUCCCCUUCUUCUUUGUCAACAUCUUCGUGGCCUUGAUCAUCAUCACCUUUCAGGAGCAGGGAGAUAAAAUGAUGGAGGAGUACAGCCUGGAGAAAAAUGAGAGAGCCUGCAUCGAUUUUGCUAUCAGUGCCAAACCUUUAACUCGACACAUGCCACAGAACAAGCAGACCUUUCAGUACAAGAUGUGGCAGUUUGUGGUGUCACCUCCAUUCGAGUACACCAUCAUGGCCAUGAUUGCCCUCAACACUGUGGUGCUAAUGAUGAAGUUUUCCGAUCAACCGCAGUCUUACGACGAUGUUCUGAAGUAUCUCAAUAUGGUGUUCACCAUAUUGUUUUCAUGUGAAUGUAUUCUGAAGAUUGUUGCCUUUGGAAUUCUGAACUAUUUUCAGGAUGCUUGGAAUGUAUUUGAUUUUGUCACCGUCUUGGGCAGCGUGACUGAUAUAUUAGUGACAGAGUUUUGGAAAAACAUCAUCAACCUGAGCUUCUUGCGGCUCUUCCGCGCAGCCAGGCUCAUCAAGCUGCUGAGGCAAGGCUACACCAUCCGCAUCUUACUGUGGACGUUCGUUCAGUCCUUCAAGGCCUUGCCUUAUGUCUGUCUAUUGAUCGCGAUGCUGUUCUUCAUUUAUGCUAUCAUUGGAAUGCAGGUGUUUGGGAACAUUGCCGUUGAUGAUGAUGAAGACAGCGAGAUCAACCAUCACAACAACUUCAGGACAUUCUUCCAAGCCCUCACCCUACUUUUUCGGAGUGCCACAGGAGAGGCCUGGCACAGCAUCAUGUUGUCGUGUUUGGGUGGCAAACUGUGUGACCCUCGCUCGGGCAUCGCGGGCCACGAGUGCGGCAACGAGUUUGCCUAUUUCUACUUUGUCUCCUUUAUCUUCCUCUGCUCCUUCCUGAUGCUGAACCUCUUUGUCGCUGUGAUCAUGGACAACUUUGAGUACUUGACAAGGGACUCGUCCAUCCUGGGUCCUCAUCACCUGGAUGAGUACGUCAGGGUGUGGGCUGAGUACGAUCCUGCUGCCCGUGGUCGCAUUCAUUAUAAGGAUAUGUACAGUUUAUUGCGUGUUAUCUCACCCCCUCUGGGCUUAGGCAAGAAAUGUCCUCAUAGGGUGGCGUGCAAGAGGCUCUUGCGAAUGGACUUGCCAGUUGCCGAGGACAACAGCGUGCAUUUCAACUCCACUCUCAUGGCUUUGAUCAGAACCGCCUUGGACAUCAAAAUCGCUAAAGGAGGCGCUGACAAGCACCAAAUGGACCGUGAGUUAAGGAAAGAGAUGAUGUCCAUUUGGCCCAAUCUUUCCCAAAAGACAAUUGAUCUGUUGGUCACACCUCAUAAAUCGACAGAUCUGACUGUAGGGAAGAUCUACGCAGCCAUGAUGAUCAUGGAGUACUACCGACAGAGCAAAGCCAAAAAGCUCCAGUUACUCCACGAGGAGCAGAACCGAACGCCAUUACUAUUUCAGCGCAUGGAACCAGCAUCACCUACCCAGGAGAUGGAACCGGGGCAGAGCGCCUUGCCGGAGCAGCCGCUCGUCUCUGGGGACACCCUACCACAAGAUGGGGUUAUGAAGGAGAGUCAAUCUUGGGUGACUGAUCGAGCUCAAAAAAUGUUUCAGCAGACAGGGGCGUGGAGUCCUGAAAGAGGUCGAUCAGAGGAUAUAGAAGACAUUCGGCCAAACUCUCAGGCUGUGGAGAUGCAAGAAAUGGGGAGGGACGCCUACUCGGACAGCGACCAUUACCUCCCGAUGGAUGGCCAAAGUCGAGCAUCCUCCAUGCCACGACUGGCAGCAGGGAAUCAAACCAUCGAAGACACGAGUCCAAUUAAGCGAUCGGCAUCCACACUGGGCCAUCAGCGUCCCAAGGGGAUACGGCUGGAUGACUACUCGCUGGAGAGGGUCAUUCCCGAGGAGUCACAAAGGAGCCAUCGCCGCAGGGAGAGAGGUCACAGGACAUCAGAGAGGUCGUUGAGUCGAUACACGGAUGCAGAUACAGGGCUCGGGACAGACCUCAGCACGACCACACAGUCGGGUGACCUCCCUCCGAAGGAGAAGGACCGGGAGCGCGGAAGGACCAAGGACAGGAAGCACCACCACCACCACCACCACCACCACCACACGUCGGCCGACAAGGAGCGUUAUUCCCAGGAGCGGCACGAGUACAGCAGGCCUCGAUCAAGGGAGAGGCGGUGGUCUCGGUCACCGAGUGCAGGGCGCGAGUGUGUCCCCCAUAGACAGGGCAGUAGUUCUGUGAGUGGGAGCCCAGUUCCUUCCACUUCUGGUACCAGCACACCGAGGAGGGGACGUAGGCAACUCCCCCAGACUCCUUCCACGCCUAGGCCUCAUGUCACCUACUCCCCCGUGGUCCGCAAGGCCAUGAACACAUCGCAACAGCAGCAGCAGCAGCAGCAGCAACAACAGCAACAACAACAGCAGCAGCAGCAGCAGCAGCAGGGCAGGACACCAACCCCUGUGCCACGCCGUUACUCACCCCCUCCCCCGGAGCACCACAGGGGCGAGAGGCACGGCGGCGGCGGCGGCGGCGGCGGCAGCAGCAGCCGGUCUCCCGGCACGGAGAGAGGCGGCUCCCCCCGGCUACACCGCCAGAGCAGCGGGCAGUGGUCAACCCCCAGCUCCCACCUCUCCGAGCCUUACCUGGGGUGCCACGACGAUGACUAUUACCGGAGCGCCGAAUACGAGGCGGCAUCGAGGGAGGAGACUCUGACCUUCGAGGUGGCCAUGGCGACGAGUUCCGGGCGGUCGCCGAGGACUUGUCGGGGGCCGCAGUCCUCCUCCUCCUCCGUGUCCCUCCCCAGACACGGGCGCCGUGUGCCCAACGGGUACUACCACAACCUGGGCCCGAACAAAACGCGUGGGCCUGGCGCAAGGAAAGGGAUGCACGAACCCUACAGUGAGACCGACGAGGACGACUGGUGCUAGCCCCCCUCCUCCUCCUCCUCCUCCUCCCUCAUAUCCUUCACCCCGGAAACCCCCUCCAUACUUCUUACAUUGCCAAGCGAGCCGGAGGAGCCAAGAGUCUCCGGGCCUCUUCUGAGGAGCUCUGUAGCCUUCCAAAAAAAAAAAAAACACACACACACACACACUCACACACACACGGACAUAAAUCGAAGAAGGAAUGAGGUUGGAGGGGCAAUUAAACCUGAGGUGUGCGUGUGAGGGGCGUCAAGGAAUCAAAAUGGCGGCCCGGCCUAGUGCUUGGCUCAAUUGAGCGGGAAAUAAGACCCUGUUUUGAGGGGGAGGGAAAAGCGUUUGGGGUUUUAUCGAUGAGUUUUAUCAUCCAUUACCUGCUAAUAUGUUAUUUGGUAUUGUUUGCCUCGGGUGUGAUGGGCUUGGGAGGAGGGGGGGGUGGUGGGUAACUGGGUGUUUAGGAUGCCUGGCGGUGUGUAGGCCGCAGGAGGAGCGGUUACUAAGCAACGGUGGUCACCAUGCAGCCUGGCCUUCAGCCUCAUCAGAACGGUCCACCACAGCAUGGAUUCCUCUCCCUCUCUCUCUCUCUCUCUCUAUAAAGAGCAUGUUGUGACCGAGAGCACUUUGAUUUGAUGUGUGUAUGUUGUUGGGGGGUUGGGGAUGG